UGGCAUCGGAAUGAGAUCCCUAACUCUUCUUGCUUUGCUGAUCCUGUUGCCUUUGGUGGCCAUCGUUCGGGCGGAUGAUAGUCCAGGAUUCUUUCUGAAGAUCACGAAGAAUGUUCCUCGUUUGGGAAAACGUGGUGAAAGCUUUGCCAUGAAGAACCUGAAGACCAUUCCUCGCAUUGGACGAAGCGAACAGUCAGGAGUCACUCCCUUGAUGGCCUGGUUGUGGGACAUAGACGUGUCUCCUACUAAGCGCCGACUGCCUUCAGGCGAGGAGUCCGGUGGCAAGGAGCAGGAGCUGAACGUGGUGCAGCCCGUCAACUCCAAUACCCUCAUCGAACUCCUGGACAACAACGCCAUUCCCAGCGAGCAGGUGAAGUUUGUGCACUGGAGGGACUUUGACCGUGCCCUGCAGACCGACCUCGACCUAUACGCCAAGGUCAUUCAGCUCGGACGCCGGCCUGACCACCGCCUGAAGCAGUCGUUGAGCCUGGGCAGCUUUGUUCCCAUAUUUGGCGAAGACGGCGACCAGAACUCUGCCUUUAUGAUGUACAACAACAACGAUGACAGGGAUCUCUACGGCGGAGGCAGUCGCUACGGCGGUAACUUCCUGAAGUAUAACCACAUUUGAAAAAUAUUAAUUGUUAAAAGUAUCUACCUAUAAA